AUGAGUUCUGACUAUUCAAAACAAUAUGCGGAUUUUAUAAAGGCGCUUGAAAAGCUCUUCCACAUAAAAUCUAAUGAACCUAUCGAAGAUAUGUGCAGUAUAAUUACAAAUACUUUGAUUUCGAAGUAUCAACUUUCAAUCAAUCAACUUACAAAGUUAAUUUAUGAGGCAAUUAGAUAUAAUUAUGCAUCUGGAGCAAAUUACAUCAAAAUACUGGAACAGAUCGGGGCUGACCUAACCGGAGUUUCGGAUUACCAUUUUGAAACGGAGGAUUCGAUUAAAUUUAUAGUUAUGCAUGUCAAAUUGAUAAGUUCAAGGAAUACUUAA